UGGGUCCCCGUCGGUCACAUCCACCGCGAACAGUUGGACCGAAGUGUAUAUUUGUGGAUCUGCGAUCUGAUCGGUUUUGCAUCAACGCGCGACGUUAUCUUAUCACCGCCAUGGCUGCUCCGUUUUUCUCUACUCCCUUUCAGCCUUAUGUCUAUCAGAGUCAAGAAGAUACAGUUACACCUUUUCAAAUUCUGGGUGGUGAAGCACAGGUUGUUCAGAUUAUGUUAAAACCACAGGAGAAGGUCAUUGCUAAGCCUGGUUCAAUGUGCUACAUGUCUGGUUCCAUUGAGAUGGAGAAUACUUAUACCCCUGAACAAGAAGUUGGUGUUGUACAGUGGGUUUUAGGCAAGAGUGUUAGCAGUGUGCUUCUUCGCAACACCGGGCAGAACGAUGGUUUUGUCGGUAUCGCUGCACCUUCUUUGGCUAGGAUACUCCCAAUUGAUUUGGCAAUGUUUGGUGGGGACAUCCUUUGCCAGCCAGAUGCAUUUCUCUGUUCCGUCCAUGAUGUGAAAGUGGUAAACUCUGUUUACCAGAGACAUAGAGCUAGAAACAUUGCUGCGGCUGGCGCUGAGGUGUUUCUGAGACAAAGGCUAUCUGGCCAGGGACUUGCUUUUAUUACUGCCGGUGGCUCUGUUGUACAGAAAAACCUGGAGGUGGGAGAAGUUCUCACCAUUGACGUUUCUUGCAUUGCCGCUCUCACUCCCUCCAUCAAUUUCAGAAUCAACUACCAUGCUGCACCUGUAAGACGGGCAGUGUUCGGGGGUGAUAACGUAGUAACAGCGACUCUGACGGGACCAGGCAUUGUGUUCAUACAAAGCUUACCGUUCCAUCGGCUCUCCCAGCGAAUCGCAAGGUCGGUGACUUCCCCAAACAUGAGGGAAAAUCCACGAUUUUUAGUUCAAAUAGGAUUAUUCUUGUUCCUUGCGUACGUUGUAAUUGCAUCUUCUUUGAUCCUUACCGAAAUGUGAAACAUAGACUUCCUUUCCUUUUUUUUUUUUUUUUUUUCCUGCUACUGUUGUUGCAGUAGAUUGGACAUGUAAUACAUACUUUUAAAAGCAUGUUUAGUGGAUGUCUGAAGCAAACAAACCACACGGCAUGAAGAUUUCAA